AUGGAUAGUGGGAGGGAUGUAAGGUUGGUUGUCUUAGAUCUAUCUUUUAACAAAAUCACUGAAAUCGAUGAAGAUUUAUUCAAAGGCCUCUAGAACCUGCGGUUUCUUUAUCUCAGUAGUAAUCAAAUAUUUAGUUUGCCAAAUAAAGGCAACAGAAAUCUAUCUUUUAACAAAAUCACUGAAAUCGAUGAAGAUUCAUUCAAAGGCCUCCAGAACCUGCGGUUUCUUUAUCUCAGCAGGAAUCAAAUAUUAAGAUUGCCAAAAAAUGUAUUUAAACAUCUAGUCAGUCUUACUGUGUUGGAUCUAUCCUACAAUAAUAUAAACCCAAUUUAUGAAGUCAGUAACUAA